UUACGUUACUUUUAGAGUACCAGUUUUCAAGUGUAAAUGGGUUGAUAUAAAUUCUGGUGUCAUGAUGGAUGACCUUGGUUUCACAUUGGUAGACUUGAACAAGAUGAAUUACACUGAUGAACCAUUUAUCAUGGCUAGUCAAGCAAGACAAAUAUUCUACGUAAGUGAUCCAUCGAAUAACAAAUGGUCAGUGGUUUUAGAAGGUAGAAACAUGCAUGGACAUGAUGAUGACGAUUCUCUUGAUAUACUUGAGACAACAUCUGUUGCAUGUAGACCCACUGAAGACCCAGUUGAUGACGUUGCCGAUGUAAUGCAAGCAAUUCGUAGUGAUCACAACGAAGGCAUUUGGGAAAAAACAAUUAAUUAAUAGGUAUGUCGGCCUCAGACUCAGGAUCGGGAAAGAGCAGACGUGGACGAGGCGUCACCCGAGUGGCAGAUGUGACAUCCGGACGCGUGGAUGGUCAGAGGAGGCAUGUUGACAUUGACCCCAGAUCAGGUCAUCCAUCAGGGCCAAAUGCUGAUAGGUUUAGGAGUUAUCUGGGCAAGUUAGCAAAAAGUCAUGUCUCUAUCCUUCAUGCAUGUUGGGAUGACGUCCCAGAGGUCGACAAGAACCUCUUAUGGCAAGAUGUUCAGCAACAUUUUGAUAUUCCAAACACAUUGCAAAUCAGAAAGAAAGUGUUAUCGCAUAUAGCGAUAAGAUUUAGGGAUUUCAAGACAAGGCUGACACGACUAUAUGUCUUUGGAGAUAGACAACAUGAAAAUCCAUCUCAGCAUUAUACCUUCACAGAGGAGGAUUGGAUGCAGUUUCGUGCAUCUAGAGAGUCUGAAGAAUGGAAGGAUAAAAGGUUAGCCGCCCAAGAAAGACAAAGGCUAAACGACACACCCCACUUGUUAUCACGAGGUGGAUAUGCAAAACUGGAGAAGAAACUGAGAAAGUCUAGAGCCGAUGCCUUGGGACUUGAGUCGCCUGACCUAGCACCUGCACCUGCUAGGUACGAGCUGUGGAAGGCUGCUCGGACUAAAUCUGAUGGGAACAUGACAUCUUCCUCAGCUGCCUUGAUCUCACAGAGAAUUGUAAGUUCAAAUUAUAAGCAGUUAUUUGAUUGUGUAUCUAUCACAGCAUGUCUUCUAAGUAACUUGGUUUUUUAUGUGCAGGAUGAGUUGGUUGAGCAGCAGACUCAGGGCACAUUUGCUGGCCAAGGUAGGGACGACAUUCUGACAACGGCCAUUGGAAGGCCCGAGCACCCAGGACGUGUACGUGGAGUUCCAGGGGCGAUUGGUCUUCGUGACUAUUUUGGCCCUACACAGAAAACCCCCCAAUCAAUGAGUCAGGAGACACUGAGGCAGAUGGAUCUUCAGUGGGAGGAAAGACUCAACCAAAGCAUGAGAUCAAUGGAGCAACGAUUCAUGGAGCAGCUACAAGAACAAAAACAAAUACAAAGAGCGCUUGAAGAAAAGCUGCAUUCCAUGACGCAAGGCCACAUGGGGGCCGAUGAAACUCCCACAGCACCUCGUGUCAGCACUAGAGGAUCAUGCUCUGCUGUAGAACCCAAUGAGUAUAGCGGUCAAUAUGAGCUGUUGGUUGAUGGGGAUCCCCCACGCAUUGUGGCUGUCGGACGAGUGCUUGAGGGAGGGGAGACCAUUCAUGGUGUUCCCAUAUUACCCCAGCACGUGCGUGUGACCAUUGACGAGGUUCGGGAUCCCCAGGCUCAGGUGCCUGUACCCACUCCAGAAAUUAACUUUGUGGGGGAGGCCAUAGGAACAUUUAUUGCCUGGCCUAGAGCAUUGAUCAUGUCCCACAUCGCGACUCCACAGUUCACACGUCCUCAGAAGCAGCCAAUUCAUGAUACAGUCAUACAUGAAGAUGAUGACAUGGCUGAAGCAGAGGAUGAUCCUAUAUCAAAGUUAGUGACAAAAUUACCCAGAUUGAAGAAAGCAUCAUUACAACUAUACUGGGAUUUGAGGGUAUUUGGUCUUCCCCCACAUGUGCCAGUUUAUAUCACAUUUUCUGAUGCAUUGGAGGUGAUUGAGGGAGACAGGAUGUUGAAUAUUUCCAUCAUUCAGCUGUGGUGUAUGUAAGUUAGUCAAUUUGGUCUUUGAUAUUACUUUUAUUUACAUUCUUAUAUAGUUUCUAACGACUUAACUUUGUUGUUUUAGGUACAUGGACACAAUCGUUGUAGACCAAGGUCGGUCUUCCAUGUACGGAUUUGUUGAACCUCAGACCAUUCAACCGUCUGGUAACACACUUCAAAACAGACAACAUUAUUUGCAAACAUGGAUGGAUGAGUCCAAAAGAGACAUAUACCUUGUGCCAUACAUUGACGGGUACGUGUUUUUAUAUGUGGUCAGUUUAUUAUUAUAGUUUCCUUAAUUAGUUGAAUAACUAUUUGUCCUUCGUGA